AUGGCACCAAAUCUCGUUACGUUAUCAGGCCUUGGUUUCAUCAUAAUCAAUGUUCUCACUGUAUUGUAUUAUGACCCUACGCUUUCAGAAGAGUCCCCUAGAUGGACCUAUUUCUCUUACGCUCUGGGCCUAUUUCUUUACCAGACAUUCGACGCUUGUGAUGGGCAACACGCUCGCCGCACUGGGCAAUCAGGUCCAUUAGGGGAGCUUUUUGAUCACUGCAUCGAUUCAUUGAAUACCUCUCUGUCCAUGAUUGUCUUUGCCUCUGCUGUUGGAAGCGGAAUGAGGUUUAUGACUUUAAUGUCUCAGUUUGCAAUUUUGUGCAACUUCUACUUGAGUACUUGGGAAGAAUACCAUACUCAUAAGUUGUUUCUCAGCGAAUUUUCUGGCCCAGUGGAAGGCAUUUUGAUUAUUGUUGCCGCCUUUAUUCUUACCGGAAUUUACGGUCCUCAGAAGCUAUGGCACACGCUACUAGGGGAGCUUACUCUAUGGGGGCACACUUACAGAAUUGAGAGCAUCCACGCUGUGUAUGCCUUUUGCAGUGUCGGGCUGGUCUUCAAUAUCCUAUCAGCAAGACGGAACGUUGUUGAACACUACAAAAAAGUAAGCGAUUCUACUCAAGAGGCAGUUGACGACGUGCGCAAGGCAACGAAGGGACUUGUGCCCUUUUUUGUCUAUUUCGGAACUGUGUUUGUGCUUGUGCUGAUUGACCCUGAGAUUAUUUCUCUACCAUUUAUUCUUUCUGUGGGGCUAACAAUGGCAUUUACAGUCGGAAGAAUCAUUGUUUCGCAUUUAACUAAACAAUCUUUCCCAAUGAUUAACCCACCCAUGCUGACUCCCACAAUUCAACUGCUUAUAAGGAUUUUGAUGGUGCACGUUAUUGGUUAUGACCAAUCGAGCGUUCUCACUGCAUUGAACUGGUUUGGCUUCGGUUUGACUAUGGGAAUCCACCUUAUGUUCAUUACAGAAGUGAUCUAUGAAUUUACGACAUACCUCGACAUUUAUGUGCUGUCGAUUAAGCACCCCAAAACCGCUUAA